AUGGACCUCCAUAUUAAAUAUCCCAUCUCCAUAGCUUUCGGAUACAGAGAUGAUGGUGCAUUGAAAAACCAACACACUCCAUCGAUUCUUCAUGUAGGCUCGCUUUUUGGACAAGGUCGAAUAGAUAUGGCGUUGGAUAGGGAAGAAAGAAUUCAAGAGGUUUUUUCGCACAAAAAAGUCAUUUCUAAGCUGCUAUCCAACCCAACUAUUCCCUGUUUCGAUAUUUUAGAGUCAAAUUCGAAUCCCAUUCUAGGAAAUGGAGUCUAUUUUUCCAUACACCUUCGAGGAAAAUUUCCAUUUUCUCGCUAUGUCAAGCUAGUGGCCAAGUCUUCGUUGGAUAUUUUUUUUGGAAAUGGCAGUCUUUAUGCUGCCCUUGAGGCAUGCCUUAAUCGUGGAGGCGUGAAAAAAGACGCUUGUUCCAUAUUUGCACAUGGCUUGCAGGACAAAAAAUUAAUAUCCUCAAAUGUAUCGCUCUUUGUAGCCACAGACAUGAAAAAAUUUUCUAGGUCUGCUGAACGUGCUAUACUGUCCAAGGGGUUUAAAAAUAUUAUCACUCUUGAGGCUUUGAUGACAGAUUCUACCAGGAAAUCAAUUUUAGCCUGUUUGAAGGCUAGAGAUGCAGCUCGACCCAUUCCUAUCGAUUUGUUGUACCCGAUGUUUGACCAGUUGAUGGCAGCGCGCGCUUUGGUUUUCACCGGCACUAGCGAUUCUACAUUCUCGCAUUUCAUCCACAAAAUUCAUUUGGCCCAAUUGGAAUCCAAAUUCGCCGACAAUUGA